GCACGUCAAAACGAACACGUCACUGGCUACAGGAAGCAUUAGCAGCAUUAGCUUGAGGAAACCCGCGUGAUCUGCGGUUUAUGGGUUUCUUCAUAGUCGUCCAUAAGCAAAUGAUUACUUCCUCCAGUCGGUUUUCUCUGUGUAGAUCCAGAUGAAGUGGGUGUGCGACUUCAGCAUGAUUAACUACAUGCCUAAAAUCUGCUGGACGCUGCCAGCAUUCGUUGGUAUAUGUUGGGUUAUGGGAUGUAAUAUUGCUGAAAACAUAUUGGAUGGUGUCGGGAAGCCCGAGUCUGGAGAAGUGGACUUCAUAGUAGCGGCUGGUUUAUCCUGAGGAUUUGUCACAGAGCGUUCAUCUACUGUGUCACAACAUGGCAGUUUAUUUAUUAAGGGUGGUCUUUUUCAUUUGUGUUUAACCUUUCAAGAUUACAACGCCAACUAAACUAAAUAAAGGUAACGUGACAGACAGCCAACAAAGAAGUGUAUUAUACAGCUCACAAUACGUAUCUGUAUGAUACUAAAAACAACAAAAUCUGCCUAAUAUUUAGUGCAUCUAAAACAAAUGCUGUCAGGAACAAUCCAGUCUGUUUAAUUGAAUUUCCCAACAGGCUUGGCAGAAGUGUAUGAGGCACAAUCUACUGUUGGUACUGCUUUGAACGUGCUGCUGCCAUGGGCCAGCAGAUCUCAGGCCAGGCGGUGAUGACCCAUCUGCCUGAGAAGCUGGUGAAACACGCCGGACUGGUUCGUGACAGUGGCUACCUUACCUACGAGGAGUUUCUGGCAAGAGUGGCUGAACUUAAUGAUGUCACCGCCAAGCUGGCUGCAGGACAGCAGAAGCACCUGCUGUUUGAGGUGCAGCCAGGAUCCGAUGCCACGGCCUUGUGGAAGGUGGCCGUCAGGAUCGUCUGCACCAAAAUCAACAAGGAGAACGGUAUGUUGGAAGCAUCAAGGAUCAUGAACCUGUACCAGUUCAUCCAGCUGUACCGAGACAUCACCAGCCAGGCUGCUGAGGUGCUGUCUGCAGAGGGCGCCACAGAGGGCCCAUCUGCCCAGCUCCCGUCCACAGACUCCUGCCAGGCCAGCAUGUGGAUGGGCCGAGUGAAGCAGCUGACCGAUGAGGAGGAGUGCUGCAUCUGCAUGGACGGGAAGGCCGACCUCAUCCUGCCGUGUGCGCACAGCUUCUGUCAGAAGUGCAUAGAUAAAUGGAGUGGGCAGAGCCGAAACUGUCCCAUAUGCCGCCUGCAGGUGACGGCUGCCAAUGAAUCGUGGGUAAUGUCCGACUUCCCCACAGACGACGACGUAGCCGGCUACAUCCUCAACCUGGCUGAUGAGGCGGGCCACCCACACCGGCCUUAGCACCGCACAGUGAGAAAGGAAAUCACCUGUACAGAUUCAUGUCGUAACACAAAAUGUUGCUCUACUUUCAAACGAGCCUAACAGUGCAGAGGAGGUUUCUUACUCCUCGUUUGAUUAAAAACGGCUCCCUUAUUUUGUAACAAUUUCAAAAACCUAAAUUAACUGCUAGAUCAUUUCUAGUUAUUGAUUGAGAAUCAAAGCUGAGAAUGUGUGCGCUAGGUAAGGGAUAAAUAGCUUAUAGAGUCGGACAGUUUACAACAGGAACUCCAUUACAUGCUGACGAUGUCUGUUGUGAAUGUAAAUGAGGCAGAGCAGAGACAAUAGAAGCAAACUGAACACAUUACGUUUAGGCUGCCGUCUCUUCCUGCCAGCUUUCAGUUGAUUAGCUUCGUACUAAGACAAGAGGCCAGUAGAAAUAACGACCGUGAUAACUUCCUAACAUUUGAGCUGCAGUCAGUCCAUGUAAAGGGAUGCUCGCUGUCACAUUUCUGUUGACGUUCCUCACUGGUUCAGACAUAUCCGUGUCCAUGUUUAUUUCAAAGCAUCACUCAUUUUAACGCCAGUCCUGUGUUUAAAUAAAAAGAUGGAGGUACCCUCUGCAGAGUUCUGACGUGUAGCAGUGCUGGGUCAUGUCACAUAAUUCGACUGAUGGAGGUCACUUUACUGGACUUGCAUCAGCAGAAGCUGGUCGUCCUCCUCCUCAUCUUCUUAGCUUGUCAGGAUGCUGCUGUUGUGUAGACUGUAUAAUGUGACCCUGCAUUUUCCUGGAUCUGACAGCAACUCAUGCUCGUCCAGUUCAGAAUCAGACAUAGUGACUUUGGAUUUACGGGACUGAGUGUUCGUUUUUAUCUUGCUGUAAAACAUAACCUCUAUUAGUCUCGUGUGCUGCUGUCACUAUUUCUAACAUCUAAAGUACUGGUAAACGUACUGUAGUUUACGUUCCUGCUCUUUUUCUAUACUUUCCAAACGAUUUACUGAGGUGGGAAUUUUUCACUUAUGACUGAACAUAGACAAUAAACCCGUAAAUUAACUUUAUUGUAAAUAGGGACUUCUAUCCACGUCUUUAAAGCCACUAAAUCACAAGCUGCACUUUGAUGUGAUGUGGUUGUGAUUAUUGUGAACUGAGUCAAUGCUGAAGUAUUAAAUGAAACGUGAACUUGUAUUAAUUAUGUAUUAUUUCCUCUUACUAAACUCUAAUGCUUUAUAUGAGGUCACAGUGACACUAUGAACUGCCAGUUCAGCUUCUGUUGUGUGUUGAACUUUGCAUUUGAUCAUAUUUAGAUAUUUUACAUGCUCAAGUUAGAGACAUAAGCUUAAUAGUAAUAUAACAGACUUUUAUUUUUACACAGAAGCAUUUGCUAAAUAGCUUUAUUGACGUCUGAUCUGCUAACAGACCAUGAAUAUGAAUCUUUAUUAGACAACUAAAAAUACAUUUUGGUUGCGUUAAUGUGCUAGAACAAGAUGUUUUAAUGCUUCCACCUUUUUAUGUCAAACACAAACAGCAUCUGUUUAAUAAAAGAGCAAUCUGGACCAAUAGGUGCGUGAUUUCCAGACUCCGUCUAAGCGUAUUCACGAAUAGAAACCGCUGAUAAUUACAGAGAUCAGUUCAUUUUGUUUCACUCACCUGCACACGCGCUGCAGUUCGCAGCUUCAGCCGCCAGGUGGCAGCACAUCCUCAUUCCGCUGACAGACCCCGUCAAACUGUAAUUAAACUCAUUCUAGUUGUAAACCUGAAUUGUGACCGUUGUUAUGGUCAUAAUAAAGACAUGUUCACUUUUUGCACUUAACUGUGUGGAUCAAUGAAAUGAAGAGUUUGCAACACUCGAAUUACCAUGGUCCUAUAAAUAUGUCAAUAAACUUUGUGUGAACCUGUGCAAUGUUUAAGCAUGCAAAUUAAAAAAGCAGUAAGUGAAGUUGCA